UAGUUUAACCUUCGGGUUCUUACAAAGAGGCUACUUGUCUUUCACACAAGCAGGUUGGCAUUGAUUAAAAGACCGACUUUGUUAUGUUAAUGAAGUCAGAAGUUGGAUGUACAGAAGAGUCUUUUUUUUUUAACAGAUAAGCUGCGGGCGCCACUUUAGGAAUGUUUGGAGAGUUUAUGGCCAUUCAUCCAGAGAUCAGUGAUUGUAAUGUUCCUCCGAAAGGUGUUUUACUGGGUUGUCAAGUCCAGUUUUUCCAACAGCAAACACGUCCAAGCCUGCAGUUUUUGCGUCUGCCUCACAGUUCUGGUUCUUGCGUUGGUUUUCUGCGGGUACUUCCUCCCAAAUGUCAAAAUUGAGCAUGUGAGGGUCAUGCGACUGUAUUUUAAUGCUGGACAUGAGAGGCCUACAUUGUUCGAUACAUAAGCCGUCAUCAAAUCCGUGGAGAGUAGAACACCGGGGUGGCUUGCGUAUAAAAUCUCAAUGUUUUGCCGCUCGCCGGCGGCUGGUAAAAGGCGUAAAAAUGACUGUCAGUAAAUCCCUGAGGCGUUACAAUGUGCAGAUGUGCAAAAGAGUUGUGCUAUCUCAGGAGGAGGAGAUUUGACAGAUGUUUAAUGCAGCACAGUCCCAAUGUCAGGACGCAGAUAACAAAACACGCAAACAUUCAGAGCAAUCUGCCAGUUUUAUUGGCGGAAAAUGCCUGACGGACUCACCGAUAACCUUGAACAACCGAGGGGGUUGCAUGGCCGCCAAAAUCGUCUCUUUGAAACAUGAGCAGCAUUUCUCUCGCAGCCAUUCUCUUCUCCUGGUGUUACAAUGAACGCUAUUGAUCGCCGGCUCUUUAUUUAAUAAUGUUACCUCGCUGCCUUGACAUGGUGAAUAAAGACGGCCGCUUGACAUGCCUUGCCACACUGAUGAGCAAUUACGAGAAAGUCAUUCUCUUGUUUUUUUCCCCCCACCUCGGCUAAUCGUCUUGUUUGCAUGCAUCUUGAACUUUUUCUCAUCAUGCAUCUUUGAUAUUCUUUCGAGUGAAUUUGUAUCACCAUUUUAAUUCUGAAGGGGGUAAUACGUUGGCAGGAAGAGCCCGAUGUUUCCAUGGAAUCCAAUUUGAGGCAAAGGCUGGAGAUGAGGGUACCGCAAUAUUCGCAACAUGAGGCCAGGCUUUCAUCCCCGCUGCAACAAAGACUAUACUGUCGAGUCAUUUUAGGUCUAGUGUCUUUCAGCCAUCAACUGCUGGGGCGCUUUAUUUAUUCCACUGCAGGGGCAUGAAUCUACUUGUACUUUGCAAUUGAUGUCAAGUGAAACUGGAGUACGAAACAAAUUAUGUGGGACUAUUAUCGAGAAAUCCGGCUCACGUCAAGAACCUUCAAUGGAAGAAUAGGGCGCAGAGCUCGCCGGACCACAAAUAGCGACUGUGGCGAGGGCACAUCAGUCUACUGGAAUACGAAUGGUCAUGAAAAAUAUCACCCGCAGAACACGAGAUCACCUUUACGAGCCGUUCUGAUCAUUUCUAUGUGGUUUGGCGUUUCAGUUUCAAUGAGCCCGAUUGAACAGUUCAACUUUUUAACAUGGGCAACAGCGCAAGACCCUUGGGGAAUUAAUGCCUGCUGUGUUUUUAUUUUGCCUUGAUGUGAAAUGGGCGGCAUCAAGACGGAGGCGUUGAUUGUGCAUGUGGUUGAGGCACACCGCUACUAUUUGGUGCAGGGCAGUUAUUAGAGGGACGGCUGCUUCUGAGCAACGACAGCGGAUGAUUAUCAGGGCGAGGCAAAGUGAUUCCUCUCCGAUUCCACUGUCACGCAAUGCAGGCCGACAAGAGGCAUCGCGGCACAAAAUGACCGAUGCAGCUCCACGCCAACGAAGCGUCAAGUGAAGGUAUUGUAAACAGGAGGAGGAAGAGAAACUUGUUGAUGAAAGUUGAAUGAUAACAUUUGCGCUGCGCCUCCCGGAUGGAGAAAUAAGUAGAAGGAAGGGCCAAGUGGUUUGUGGGAUUCACCUCUUUGAAGCCCUUAUGACUUCGGUCGUGUCAAUAUUCUGGUUCGUUGAUUGAUUUUAUAGAGAUGAUGAGUCAUCAGAGCGAGGCGGGGUUCUCCAGGUGGCGCAUUCCUUCAACAACCAUCUGCUGAACUCUGCCGGCUAGACCGUCUGCAAUACCGAAAGGUUCUUCAUGUGCAAACGGCAAAAUGAAUGAGGUGCAGAAAAUGAGCCUUGAGAAUGGGCAAGCGGCACAGCGACAUAAUCACGGUGAUACCACGGAGGAAGUUUGUCACCCAUCCCAACAAAAUGGUCACGUCUUUGGUGAGAGCUCUGCUCAGGCAGAUGGAGGCGCUGCCCCGCGGGAGCGCCAGGAGGGACAUGGCCGCCAUAAAGUUACGGAAGACGAGAACACACGGGAGAUGGAACAAAAGCUCAAGGAAAAAGACGAAGCGAUAAACUGCCUUCUUCACGCGCUGACUGACGCCGAGAUGGUCACCGCGUUUGUCAGCAAGUCGUGGAUGGAGGCUUACGAGCAGCUCAAAAUGACCUAUGAGGAUGACUCCAACAACAUGGUGGCAGCCCUAAAUGCGGAGUGGCAGAAGUGGUGGGCCUACAGAGAGCAGGAGACGGCCGACCAGUUUCAGACUCAGUGGGAGAACAUGCAGUGGCACAUGGACGAUAUGGCGGCCCACUUCCAAACCGCGCUCGACGUCAUGCAGAGGCACAAUUUAGAAAUGUCUGCGUACUUCAGAAAUGGAAUGGAGAGACUCCAACAGCACAUGGGCCGGGUCAUCCAGGAAAAGGAUGACUUGAUUGCAGAAUUGAGAAGGGAAAACGGCGUUCUCGUAGCCGAGAACGGAGAGGUGUCGCAGGCGCGCCAUUUUGCAAAUGAGACCCCGGAAGAGCAACAAAGUCUUCAAGCCUCAGAGGGCUCCCUGAGGGCGGAGCAAGAGGCGACGAUAGCCUUUGUUAAAGCUGCCGAAGUAACGGGUAGCGAUCCAAACCUGAAUGCACAAUGACGCACGUCGCUUCCAGUGGGACUCGUUGGAUCUUAGAAAUGCAUGGACAAAAUUAGUCAUCCAUUCACACGGGUGCAAGCUAAUGAGUCAUACAAUGAGAUGCCGUUUCCAAAGGAGACAACACGAAAGAACUGGGACCUGUUGGCAGCAAAGCCAAGGUGGAACAAAUGGACUGAAAGUGCU